UCACUUCCUCACUUCCUCACAAGGCCAUCAUACCCAGUCUCUGCUCAAUGAGUUGCACGUGUAUGGAAGACGAAGAGACUACAUCCAUUUAUUGGCAUAAAAAUCUCUAGUUCCAAUAAUAUUUAACACGCCGAAAGCUCUACCGUUUAUGAAAAGGUAGGUGAUUUCUAAAAUAACCUGAAUGUGUUUUUAGUCAGAAAUUUGUCGAACUUUUCCCGUAAAGCUUUUGCAUUUGGUUGUUUAUUGCUAAGCUCACGCUCGCUCCAUCUCACGUUCAUGCCCGGAACAAAGCUCAAUUCUUUGCAUUUAACCGGUGACAUUUUUGUGUCAUGAUACAAGAGCAAGUUAUUAUGCUCGUAUGUAUUCAAAAUUUUGGUGGGUCAGACUGUCUGUCCAUUUAAAGACACCGUUUUUCGAAUCAAAACACAUACUGGUCAUUACUUGUUUCCGGGGGAGAAGUCUACAUGAUUACAUCUCUGGUGGCGCCACCUGGCCGGCCAGAUCGACUUGAAGUCGUCUAUUUCCUACUUACUGCCUCCUGGCUCUGUAGUAUGCUCAGCAGUAUGUUAUUUAAAAUCUAAGUAAAAAAUCUUGAACAUAGCCAAUUUAAUUUUCAGUGACCUAUCUAGACCUAUCAGUACUAGCUAGCCAGGUCGGACUUUUUGUCAGUGCCCACAGUUAUCAAAAAGGUUUUUGGUAUUUUCUCUGUCACUAGGAAAAUUUCAGCACAUUUCUUGGUGAUCAGUUAAUGUUUUGGACCUCACAUUUCAGCUAUCAGUUUAAAGAAUCCCCCAGUUUCUCAGUGACAGUUAAAAUUAACCACUUCUCAGCUAGCCCAUCUGGAGCUUUUUUGUAAGUAAGAAAGGGUGUGUGACAGGAACACUCUCUUCCACGCUUUGUAAUUUGGUCAGAUUAUUGGCACCUUCCUGCUAAAACUUUUCACCAUCAAAACUGUUGAUCACAUGGUCAUUACACCAUCAAGCAAACAAGUCAUAAACAAAUUUUUGAAAAUUUGCUUCAGAAGUGUUUGGUUACAAAAGUGUAAUUUUUAACACACCAGUACAUGUAAGUUAUUUACCCACAUGGGUUAAUUAAUACUAUGAAUUCAAAGUGACAGGGAUGAUCAAAGAAUUAUGUGGAAAAAAGAAUUCAAACCUGAAAAAUCCCUCAGGCUAAAAUCAUAUUAUUUUAUUACAUAUACCUAAAAACUAUGAUAUCAUAGACUAUGAUUUGCCCAAAAAUGUAGGACACAUACUUUGUGGUGAUAUUAAUGAACUCAUUCUGGCUAAUCGGUUUGCAUACAUUUCCUUUAAAAACUUCGGUAGUAUGUAAAUAAGGUCUGUCAGCUGAAAUACACUUUUUGAUAUAGAGUGUCAAAGGUGCCUUUUAAGGUAGCUUGUAGAAUAUCUGAACUCUUGACUAAAUACGUUAUUAAAGCUUCUUUUUUCUGGUGGGCGUUUACACAACAAAGUCUGUACGCCCAGAAAAAAUAAUAAUCCUUACUCUCUGGCAUUCAUGUGCAUCUUCUCUGCACUGUUGUUAAGGUAUUUCAUGUCCUACAAGAUGCAUGCCAUAAAUUAUUUUGUGUCUCUGGGGAUUUUUAUGCGUCAGGGACGCAGGACGCAGAGGUAACAAAAUCACUGAUUGUGGAAGAUUUCAAAGGAUCAAUGGUAAAGCAUCUUGUAAGGCACCUUGAGAAGAGUGUAGAAGCAGUCAUGAUAUAACCCUUUGUGUUAACUUGUAACCUUCCCAAGUUCCCUUGCACGUGACACCCAGAAACAAUGGAGGCAAUGACAUUUUUGUGUAAUCAAAGGGGCUAGGUCAUGACAAUAUUGCUGCAGGGGCAGAUCCAGGGGAGGGGAUCCAGGGGAGGAGAAUGAGAACCCCCCCCCCCUUAUCCUGAAGGUCUGGAUCUGCCACUGUGCUGUUUUAUUGCAAUUCUGUGCUGAGGUCAUUACUUGGUAUCUUUGACCAGACACAAAAUGCGUCUGUACAGUUCUGGAAAAGAUAUCAAACAAAUUUCAUCAGGGAACACUUAACCAUAAUAAUUUUUUGGUGAUUUUUGAAGGCAUAGCCAAAUUUUCAAGUUUCGAUCCAUGUCCAUCCUUGCCAUCCUUUGCAACAGACAACAGAAUACACUUUCAAUGUCUAAAUAUAGUCUUAACCCUUUUAAGUCCCAAUAGUGACCAAGAUCAAAUUUCUCUUAGCAAUAUCCAUACACUGUCAAGAGAUAAGUUAUGAGAAUUAAUUAAAUGAUCACUCAAGAGAAAAUGCCUGGAUCUUUUGGAGCGGGGUGAAUAGGUGAAUGGAGGCGGAUUUUGAAAAUAUUUUUGCCCGGAUUUUGGAUUCAAAGCGAGAUUUUAACGGAUUUCCCGGAUCCUGCAACUGCAGCGGAUUGCGGAUUCAUCGACUUUUUAGGCCCGGAUUUUGGACUUUGCAUGUAAUAAAAAUAUUUUUGCCCGGAUUUCGGAUUCAGGGCGAAAUUUUAACGGCGGAUUUGGCCAAUAAAUCAUAACGGAUCUGCGGAUUUGCAUACCCCUAUUCAUCCCCCUCCUUUUGCCAAAUUCUCUCAACUUAUUCUUUAAUGAAAUGUAUAGAGAUCAGUUUGGAGAAUUUGUAUGUGGAUAGUGGGGCUUAAAGGGUUAAGUAACAAAACUGGACCAUGAUUUGUGGAAUUCAAUUGAUGCGAAAAAAUGUUGUAGCUUUUUAAAAGGAUAGCAAAUAGCUUGACAUAACCUUUUUAACCGGUAAUGAUAUCAGGAGAAGUUAGACGCUGCUUAGUGUUAGGUUUAAUAGAAACAAGACCCAGAACAAAAUAGAAAUUGUCAGGUACCAUUAACCCAUUCGCUCCUGGAGAUUUUGCCGAAAAACGCGUUUUGAAGCUAGUCAAGUGGUUUUCUGGUCACUGUCGUGCUAUAAAGAGCUAAAACUUACCACAAACUGGUUUACAGGUCGAACACUUCGCGGCCUUCUGAUCCAGAUGCAAAAUAUCAGCUUGCGAAGUUCGGGCAUGCGCAGAAAGCAAAAUUUUGGGGUUUAAAAGUGACACAGCAGUCUUGACUUUUACUUUUCGCUUUCUCUCCUCCCUUCUUUUUUCGCUUUUCUUGCCUCAUUUUUUUUUUCUCUUGCUGGGCAUUUAGUAGGCUUCAUUUUGGUGGGAAGAGUUUUUAGGAAAGCUUUUAGGAUCUUAGGAUUAGGUGAAAGGAAAGGUAGGUGGGUAAUGGAACAAGAUUUUCAUGGAGAUUUUCAGGUCAAUGUCAGGUGGUUUUUUGCUUGUUUCUCCGGUGUCCUUGACUAAAUUGUGCUCAUUCUGGUAUGGUUUGAAAGAUCUCUUCACUCUGCACAAGUUAGCGAAGAAAGUUGUCCUUGACCGUUAAAACUGAUGACGUCACAAUGGGUAGAAAGGACCUGGAUCCGCACGGGCGGUUACGGGCGGUUCAGGGGCGAAUGGGUUAAAGGAUUUCCAACUUUGAACUUUCACUGGAAUCCAGUAGCCUCUAAAUAAAGUUUUUUCUUGUUUAGUCCCAGUUUUAGGACCAAUGGAAAAAAGAAACGACAAACAUCUGAAAGUUGAGAGUGGCGAAGCAAAUCGGGCAGCAGAAGCUUUUGAGAUUGAAGACAAAGUAGGUGAGAAAGAUGGUGAGGGAGAAAACACAUUCUUGAGUGAAGGAGAGAAAAUGGAAAAAAGGGCUAAGAAACACAAAAGAAAACACAAAUUGAAAAUGGAAAGUGUUGAAACAGAGGAAGCCAAAUCUGAUGGAGAGGAACACGUGAAAGAUAGAAAUGGCGAAAGCGCGUUCGAGAGUAAGGGCAAGGAUGUGGAAAAUGAAAUGAAGAGAAAGAAAAGAAAAAAGCAAAAGUUAAAAGGAGAAGGAGAGGAAAGAGAAGGGGAUGCCUGUAAAAUGGAUGAAGAGGAGAGAAAUGAGGAGAAAGAUAAGAAGGCCUUAACUAAGGCGGAAAGAAAAUCGAAAGCCGAUCAGGUCCUUGAAAAGGAAACUGAACUUGAGAGGAAAGAGAGGGCAAACAUAUCCUUUAAUGACGCAAGCACAGGGAAUAGAGGAGGAAAGAAAGAUAAAAGGGUUAAGAAAAGAUCGAUAGAGGAGGUUUCUGAAGGAAAAGGUUCCAAAGAAAGAAAAUCUGAAGCCGAGGUAUCGGAAAAUAUAACAGCUCCGGUGGAUGGUAGCGUGGUUUCCGCUUACGAUGCCGGUAACGGUAUGAAAAACAAGGACAAGAAAAGCAAACGCAGGGACAAGAAAACACCAAAAGCGGAAAGUUAUGAGACAGAGGAAAUGGAAAGUGAGGCUAAGGAGAUUUCUAAGCAUGAUAGGAAGAAAACAAAACAUCUUGAUAGGAAGUCAAAAGGGAUAGGAAGCGAAGAGGAAGAAAAUAGCAAAAAACGUAAGGAGGAGAAGAUUGCGGAAGAAAUAGCACCCGAGAGUUUAACUGAAGAACAAGAAAAAGUGAAAAGGAGAAAGCGCGACCGUAAAGGAGGUGAGGAAGCGAAAACUGUUGAGUUGGAAGUUUAUGGCUCUGCCGGCAAGCACAAGAAAGCAAAAAGACGCGAAGAAAUUCAAACUGAGACUGUGGUGUCUGAAGAAGACGAAAAUUUGGGGGAAGGUGAAGUAAAGAAACGCUCAGAUCCGAAUGACAAGCGACACAAAAAGAAGUCGAACGUGAAUGAUGAUGUUGCUGAUGAAGCAAAAGAGAAGGAAAAUUCUGAGAAAAAUUCUAAACGUGAACGAAAGAAAAAAAGAAAUGCCGCGGAAAGAGAAGAAAGUGAUUCAGAUGAGAAAAAAAGGGAGGAAAAGUAUUCAGAAGAGUGCACUGCAGCCGAAAAAGGAAAGGAAGAAUGGAAGAUGGAAUCCUCUGCGAGCAAGAAGGAGAGAAAAAGAAAGCUAAAAGAGAACAAAGUUUAUGUAGAAGAUGAUGUCAAAAGUGAGGGAAAAGAUAUUAAAAAAGAGAGUGUUAGUGAAAAGGAUAAACGACAAAAGAACAUUAAAGUUAGUCAGGAUGAUGUUGCUGACGAGCAAUAUGAGCAGUCUGUGAAAACGUCUAAACACGGACAAAGCAAAACGAAAAGCUUUGAAGAGGAGAAGAAUCUUCAAGAAAAAAGCGUUACCGACGGAGAGGAAGUUUCAGAGAGAAAGAGCAAAAAGAAAACCAAGGUUCAUGGAGUUGUAAAUGAAGAUGAAGAAGAACUCGCAGAGAAAAAAUCGAAGCGCGACUUCGAGGAAACCAAAAAUGGAGGAAAUGAAGACGAAAACGGUGGAGAAGGAGAGAGAAGACCUGAACAGGUUCAGUCAAGGAAGCGUGGACUGGAAGAAGAAGUGAAAACCAAAGUUGAAAAUUACAUCCCGGAAAAAAAGUCGAAAAGAGAUCGCAAGAAAAUGACGGAUAGCAAAGAGAAGGAAGAUUCUGCAUUUUCUGUCGAGGACCGUGAGAGAGGAAUAAGUGAAGAUAAAUCAAGUAGAGUUGAAAAAAGUAACAGUGGUGGCAGCAAGAAAUCGAAAAAGAAAAAAUCGUCCAAGGAGAAAGACAAGCAAGAAGUGAAAUCUGACGAGAGGGAUGACAAUCAAGAAUCAAAAGAGACAAAGCGCGGCCGUGAAAAAGAAAGGGGCGUGGAAAUAGAGCCGUCAUCUGUAGUUGGGCGAGAAACAGGUCAAGAGGAGAACGGAAAGAAAAAGACCAGGAACCUGGAAAAAGAUCGUGCAAUCGGACAAGAGUUAGAAACUUGUAAAGAUGAAAACGGGGAUAAUGAGGGACGAACACUAAAGAAAAUUGAACCUGAGGUAAGAUAGCGGUAUUGUACAACAGAGGUGCUAUUACUCUCUUGCUCUCUAAUACUUUUAUUUCCACUGAAUGAAAAAUCGGUGUGUAGUCCCAGGAAAAUUAGCCUGUGUACAGCCGCCCCCGCCCCCCUCUGCGAUUUUUUUCUGAGGGAAGGGGGCGGCUGUACACAGGCUACAGGAAAAUGUACGGAUUCCUUCCCGUGCGAGAGGUUAUAUUCCGUAAGCAGCCGAAACGACGGUUUUGAUUAGGCUAAAAUGAAAGAGAAAAUUGAUGUAUCUUAGAUCGGGAAUUUUUCUAGAUUUGAAACUUGCUAUUUUGAAUUACGAAACUUGUUUGUUCGUAAAUCUACACUGUCAGUUAGACACAUGGAAAAGAAACUAAAACGUGUGGGAGGUCCUAACAUUCAGUCACGUAAGCAUGACUUAAUGGGGACACAGGGUACACAGCACCAUUUGCAUGAGGAAAUAGGAAAUUGCGAGUAGAAAAUUAAAUACCCGUACCAUUCCGGCGCAACAUUUUACCAAGUUGUUUCUAUUCCUUUUUCUCCGUAUUUUUAAGCUUGGCCAGUGGGGUGGUGCUGACUUUGGCAGUGCAGAGAGAAACGACAAAUUUCUCCGUCUGAUGGGCGCCUUCAAAAAGCCGUCAGCCACAAGACAAGCGAAUGAUGCGGCCAGUGGCCCGUCGUCAGGUAGUCGCUGCAUGACAAAAGGCACUGAAGAGUCCUUGACGCGGCGACUGGAGAAGCAGUACGAGGCUGCUAUGGACUGCAGCAGAAACAAGAGGGGCCUGGGUUUGGGUUAUAACCCGGAUGAAGACCCAAACAACAAGACAUUUUACAUUGACAAGACGGCUUCCAAAUCAGUGAAAUUAUAA